GGUUUAUAAAGUUAUUGAUUCAAUACUUUGGUUUGGAGGAGGAGGGAGGCGAGAGAAUGAAGGGAGGAGAAGAUAACAGAGGAAGUGACAGGGGCUAAGUAAUCUGAUGAAGAAUGCUUGUUUGCUAGACGAACACAGAGAGCUCUGAUGGCCUUAACUCUGCAAGGUUUUAUUAAUUAAUAACAGGGCAGCCAUGCUGUUUAUGUUUGUGUGUGUGCACAUGUAUAACCAACUGCCCUUAUCUACCUCUGUACUUUGACCACUGACUUUACCCCUUAGGUCAGUCUCCUCGUGGACUCGUCACACACACAAACCCGGUGACACGUGUAAACAAACCUGCUCUCAUCAAUUUAAACUUGAUAGAGCUCUGCAACUUAAACACCCAUUCACCAAUAUCUGCAGGUAUCUCCAGCUUAUAUGUUAAUAAAGGACUGUGACUGAGCAACAGUAGAAAUUGAUUCACUGAUAUUUAUCUUUGGCUGCUCAGAAAAGACAGUCUCAGGAGGAGCACAAUUGAUAUGCAUCAUCUAUAAAAACAGCAUGGCCAAUAGAGGUCAAAAGCACAGCUAUCAGCUUACACAUUACAGCUGAAAAGGUUACAGGUGUGUGUGUAGUCAACCUUCACAUAGGGCUCAGGUUCUUCCCACUUAUAUAACAUGUGUUGCAAUUGCUACAAACCUUUGAACUUUGAUCUGACCCUACAGAUAAGAUUUUUUAAAGAAGCUUGACUGAAUAUCAUGUGCUGCUUAUAAAAAGUCCAAAGCUUAUAAUGCAUUAAAAUUCACUAUAUCAAAUGCAAAUACAUGGGCAAAGAAGUUGGAGUUUUGAAGAGGCAUGACUAAUACAAAUGGCACUUUUUAUGCUCAGUCAAAAUCACAAUAGGGAUUUUUUCCUUCUUUUUUUCCAGAGCAAGUAGAAGCUGUCAGACUGAAAAAGGGGUUAGCAGAUUCAGGCUUACCACUUUAAGAAGCUUAAAGUGUGUGCUUGGGGUUGAGACAGGACAUAGGGAACUGCCUAUGAUAUAAAAGUAGUAAAAGCAAUAAUAAUAAAGCUCAGCCAAAGUUCAAUGAGAAAGACUAUCUUUAUGCUAUUCAUUCACAGUUCUGCUUCGUAAUCAGCUGAUCAUGGGCGUUCACUCUUCUGUUAAAAAAGCCAAAUGUUGCCACAGUCUCCAUCAGCCAAUCAUGUCACUGCUUUUUAUCUUGUUGCUAUUAGCUGUCAUUUUAGGCAAUCGUUUCACCCUUCUCCACCCCGUUCCCCUCCAGUCAUCAUGUCCAGCGCCCAGGUUGAGCUCAUCAGAAGUCCUCUCCUCAUCACAUCCAGAGCUACAGCAUCCCCUUUGUCCCAUCACCAGGAUUGUUAUGUAGAGUCGUUGGCAAAAAGCAUCCUGUGUACAUUGUAUUUUAAAAUCUGUUUUAUCAACUGCAAAUGCAGAAGUGAAGAAGCAGUGAGGUAGAAGGUUUGCACAAGACAUGACUAAAACAAGUUAUUUUUUAAUUAUAACUUAGGUGCUAUAGGUCUCCUACUUGCACAUGAAGAAACCUUUCUAGCUGGUCAAUGCCUCUCUCUGGUGGGAAAGAGAGGGAGGGCUGUUGGAAACAUCAUAAACACACCUGGCCUUAGUAAUUACGGGUAAAACAAAGUCUGGGUCCUUUGGCCUGAAAACACAGCAAAGAUAAGCUAUAGCUACUGUUGGGGAAGCUACUUCGAAAACAUAGCUUUGCAAGCUACCAAUUAUUUUACACAGGAAUAAACUACAGCAAGGCUACUCUAUGGAGAAAUCUAGUUUCGUAAUCUAGUAUGUAUUCAUAAAAGGCCAUUUGUUCACAGGUCAAACAUAAACCAAAAAAUACUAAAGAAAAUGCUUUAUCAACAUAGCAUUAUCAACAUAGCAUUAUCAAUGUCUUAUUUGCUUUAAAAACCUUUAACUACUGAAAGCAAAUAUGGAAAAAGCCUGUAAAAUGUGUAUUUUAAUCCUGAGAUCCACACCCUAGAAGUUUUAGUGCCAUUGUAAUGACUACAGCCAAUAAAAAAGUGUCCUUGUUCUCGCACGUUAUAAGUACGCAAACAAUAUAAAAGUAAAGAAAUCAGGGUAGGGCGGAUGGAAAGGGUUUUUGCAGGAAGAGGGAAGAAGAAUGAUGAGAAGGUCAUAGAGAAACAUUGAAGGAAGUUAUAAAAGUGUCCUCUUGAGCAUGUGAAGUAUAUAAGAGCCACUUAAGAUUUGAGCAGUCCUCCACAUUCUCAUAUUCACAGACAGGGAACAUCAUAAAGACAACACAGAAAAGAAAUAGGAAAUUAUCAUUAUUGGUGCUGCUUGUGUCACAGAUGUUGGUAGCCUAACGAGGCGGAGAAAAACAACUGAGAAUACUGGGCAAGGUUUAUCCAAGAAAGUGUAAAAUGAAGUUGAUGUUCAGACCACUUUUUUUCCUUUCGCUCCUCUUCUGUGCAACCCAGACAUUCGGUGUCAGGAUCCAGUCUAUCCCAGAAGUCAACAGUGAUGGUGUCAUACAGACAGAGCUGCAGAAGACUGUGUCUCUGGUUUGUCAGUCUAAAGGCGGCAUUGAAACUCAGGAUGAUGAAGAGUUGGUCUGGCUGAGGAAUGACGCUGUCGUAAUUCUGACAGAAGGAAAUAAGAAGGGUAACAGCAGCGUGUGUGUUUCACCCGUCAUCCAUGAAGACAACGGUGCCACUUUCACCUGCCGCCUGAGCAAAAAUGCCACAGUUAUGGCCUCGGUCACACUGAAUGUCACAUAUCACCCAGAGCUCUCUGGGUCAGAGGAAGUUGUAGUAGAAGAAGAGGCAGAGCUCAUCCUGCGGUGUAAUAUCUGGGCCAAUCCACCUGUCUCAUCUGUGUCUUGGACACUCAAUGGAAGCGUGGUGGAUCUAUUCACAGAUGGCUUCUUGUUGACCAACGAUGGCUUUACAAGCCAGCUCACCGCCCACAGAGUGGAGAGAAGCUUGCAUGAGGGCACAUAUCAGUGCAUAGCAAAGUCUCCCAUAUUUGGUUAUGGCGAAACCACAAAGCAAUUCAGUGUCACAGUAAAAGACAUGACAAUGAAGGUCCCAUUGUGGCCCAUUAUAGCAGGGAUAGUGGUGGUGUGCCUCACUGCGCUUCUUGCUGUCAUUUCACGGUGGCACAAAAUUAGAAAGUGCUGCAAGUAGGCUGUGCCCAGCUGACAUUACCAGUAAGCUUGAUGCAAAUGACGAUGAUGAUGACGGUGUCAACAAAGCAAAUUAGCGUAUGGCGUCGUCUGGCAACUUUAAAGCACCUUUUGGAUCUAGCGUUGACUGCUUUCAAAUAAAGAGUUGGCUCUCGUCUUCUCUACUUAACCAAUUUGCGUGAAGGAGAUUGUGAUUUCCCAUGAAACAAUUUUAUCAUAUAUUACAUUUUUUUUUUAAGGAAUGUUUUGACAUUUUCAGACAUUUUUUGACUUAUUUGCUUCCAUGCUGAGUGUUUGAAGACCAAUUGCACUCUCUUACAGUAUUUGUCUGAUAAAUAUGAAGCUAUACAGUACAGCCAGCAUGUUAACACAAAGACUUGACUCAAAGGGAAACUAACUGGAUUUUGUUACCUUUGGACGAAGCCAGGUAGUUACAUCCACUACAUGUUUUUGUGCUAAACUGAGCUAACCAGCUGCUGAAAGUAGCUUUGUACUGUACAGACAUGGGAUUCUUCUCAUCUAAAUAUUUGCAAUUAACCAGAUAUUUUCCCCAAAAUUGUAUUUAAAAAUCUUUCAGAAAUGUAGCAUGCUAUCCAUUGUAUCAUCUUUAGUUUGUAGCAGGGCGAUCUGUGAAGUUUUCAAUAUGACCUUGAGAUCAUCCUUGAAUGUGUCACUUUUCAUAGUGUGAUGCACUUCUGCCUGAUUCUUGUUCAUAUCUUUGCAAUAAAAGUGCUUUUGUUUCCUCACCACCCUGUUCUCUAGUUUCCACAUUAGCACUGAACUUUAACUUCUGACUCGACAAUGCAAUCACGGCUUGUUAAAAUCAUGUUAUACAUUUACUCGAAACAAUAGGACAGGGACUACCAUGGCAUGAGGGUCAAGGUCUAGAUAGUUGUGUUCUACCAAUAAAAAAUAACAUUUUACAAGUUCACAUAAAACAUUGCAAUACCAAGCAUGGAUUGUAACACGUUAGACAAGAUUGCACACGUGUGCUAAAUUAUCAGAAGUACAUUAUGAACACAAGCUUGACUGAAGGUGUUUCUUGUGAGAGAAGCUGCUUGUUCUGCUUGCAGCUUUGAGAAUUUACUUAUGUGGUAAUUUCCUCUGACAGGCUCUACAGCUAGCUGUGUCCAAAAAUCAGUAAUUAUUAAUACUGUAAGGUCUAACUGAUUACUUCUGGGAAAUUCUCAGAGC